UGGCCGCGCCGUGUCCGCCCGGAGUUCGGCACCAGCCACGCUCUGUCCCGAGUGGCGUCCGGUUUGUGGCAGCCGAGGAUCCGGCGUCAGGGCGGGCCGGGCGGACGAGGUGGAGCCAGAGAGGGCUCCGAGAUGAAGGCGCUGAUCUUGGUCGGCGGCUAUGGGACGCGGCUGCGGCCGCUGACGCUCAGUACCCCGAAGCCACUAGUGGAUUUCUGCAACAAGCCCAUCUUGAUGCACCAAGUGGAGGCGCUGGCCGCGGCAGGCGUGGACCACGUGAUCCUGGCCGUGAGCUACAUGUCUCAGAUGCUGGAGAAGGAAAUGAAGGCACAGGAGCAGAGGCUAGGAAUUCGCAUCUCCAUGUCUCAUGAAGAAGAGCCUUUGGGGACAGCUGGGCCCCUGGCGCUAGCCCGUGACCUGCUCUCUCAGAGUGCAGACCCCUUCUUUGUCCUCAACAGUGAUGUGAUCUGCGAUUUCCCCUUCCAAGCCAUGGUGCAAUUCCAUCAGCACCAUGGCCAGGAGGGCUCCAUUCUGGUGACCAAAGUAGAGGAACCCUCCAAGUAUGGUGUGGUAGUGUGUGAGGCUGACACGGGUCGCAUUCACCGGUUUGUGGAGAAGCCACAGGUGUUUGUGUCCAACAAGAUCAACGCAGGCAUGUACAUCCUGAGUCCUGCAGUGCUGAGGCGCAUCCAGCUGCAGCCUACAUCCAUUGAGAAAGAGGUCUUCCCUGUCAUGGCUAAGGAAGGGCAGCUGUAUGCCAUGGAGCUGCAGGGAUUCUGGAUGGACAUUGGGCAGCCCAAGGAUUUCCUCACUGGCAUGUGCCUCUUCUUGCAGUCGUUGCGACAGAAACAUCCUGAGCAUCUCUGCUCAGGUCCUGGCAUUGUGGGCAACGUGCUUGUGGACCCGAGUGCCCGCAUUGGCCAGAACUGCAGCAUCGGCCCCAACGUGAGCCUGGGUCCCGGUGUGGUGGUGGAGGAUGGCGUGUGCAUCCGGCGGUGCACGGUGCUACGGGACGCCCACAUCUGCUCCCACUCCUGGCUCGAGUCCUGCAUUGUGGGCUGGCGCUGCCGCGUGGGCCAGUGGGUUCGCAUGGAGAAUGUGACAGUGCUGGGUGAGGACGUCAUAGUUAACGACGAGCUCUACCUCAAUGGGGCCAGUGUGCUGCCCCACAAAUCUAUUGGCGAGUCGGUGCCAGAGCCUCGCAUCAUCAUGUGAGGGGCUGGCGGAGGAUCCUGUUUCCCCUUCAGUGAGGGGAGCACUGGCUUGACACAUCAGAAGGCCCUGGACUUGUUGCCGUUUGUCUGGGGAGGACUGGAUGAGGCUGAAGCUGUUGGACACCUAUCUUCUCAUGUGGACAUAUCUGGCAGGAGCCCCUCUGGGCAUACCCCACAAACCCCACUAAAGAAGGGCUGGGGUCAGGGCUGUAUGGAAUAAUAAUUUAAUGCUCACUGUG